CUUUUUAUAACAAGGAAGCUCUGAACGCAAAUUUCGGAGAUCAUAAGGCCUCGCCUAAAAUCGGCCAUCAAGCUCUUAUCCUGUGACCACUGACGAUUAAGGAAAGUAUUUAUUUAUCCGAGACCACCCCAUCAUCAACUACUUCAGAUCAAAUCAACUCUUGGGUUCCAACUGAUCGAGAAUCCGUUAAUGGAGAAAAAAUUUGAAAUAAAAGGGUCCACUCUCCUGGAAAGGAUAUGGGGUUUCUUUAGAAGAUGCCUCUUUUUAGUUCUCUCCUUUGGUCCGAUGCCUAGCCAUAUAGCAUUCAUAAUGGAUGGAAAUCGUAGAUUUGCCAAGAAUAAAGGAAUUAAAGAAGGCGGGGGUCACAAAUUUGGAUUUGCCUCUCUCAUCCAUAUUCUCCAAUAUUGCUAUGAAAUGGGGGUCAAGUAUGUGACUGUAUAUGCUUUCAGUAUCGAUAAUUUUAAACGAAAUCCAGAUGAAGUCCAAUCUCUGAUGCAUCUGAUGCAGGAGAAAAUUGAUGAAUUGCUCAAAGAAGAAAGUAUUGUGAAAAAAUAUGAGAUUAGAAUUAAUUUUUUGGGGAACCUGAAGCUUUUGAGCGAGCCAGUGAGAUUGGCAGCUGAGAAGGCAAUGAAUAACACUGCCAAUAACAAAGGACCAGUUCUGUCCGUAUGUGUAGCUUACACAUCCACCGAUGAAAUCAUGCAUUCCAUUGAAGAAUCAUGUAUGACUAAGAAGAAAAAGAUACAAGAUGGACAUGCUAAUGGUUAUGACGAUGAUGAUGAUAUCAGAGAUUUCAUUUCAGUAUCUGAAUUGGAGCAACAUUUAUAUACAACAGAUUGUCCUGAGCCUGAUAUUUUGAUUAGGACUUCAGGGGAGACUCGUUUGAGUAAUUUCCUUCUAUGGCAAACUGCCUUUUCUCACUUGCAGAGUCCAGUCGCUCUAUGGCCUGAGUUCUCUCUCAGGCACUUGGUAUGGGCUAUAUUGGAGUAUCAGAAGGUCUGCCCUUAUUUAAGAGAGUUAAGAAGCAAAAAUAAGAAGAACUGAGGGUGUGCUUUAUGAAAGCUGUGUACUCUAUAAUUAUUGCACUAAUGAUUCAAUAUGCUGUACACCAGUUGUAAGUUAAGCUAAGAUAUGGAUCUGAAAGCAAUACUUGCUAAAUAUGCAGGCUCUUGUACACUCUCUUGCAAUGGA